GGUGUUACUUGCUGCUUUACAAAUUUGCUGGAAAGAUGUCACGGGUGAGAAUUCCAGCAGAAGACAAAGAGAUAGACGAGGCAAUGCGCUCCUUCGCAGAGAAGGUCUUUGCCUCUGAGGUGAAAGAUGAGGAAACCAGGCAAGAGAUCUCUCCUUUUGACGUGGAAGACAUCUGCCCCAUCUCACGCCAGGAAAUGAGAGAGCACAUGAUACUUCACGAGAGCUCUGCAGAAAAGCGGAAGAAGCGCUUGUUCCGCAUGAAGACAAUCGCCUUGGCGGUCCCUGUGGCUCAGAGGUCUAUAACCAGACUGUCCACUAUCGAUGAGGUCAUCUCUACCUCCCCCCUGUACCAGACUGUGCCUGACUUCCAGCGGGUACAGAUCACAGGGGAUUAUGCCUCUGGGGUGACAGUUGAAGAUUUUGAAGUUGUCUGCAAAGGCCUGUACCGUGCUCUCUGCAUCCGGGAGAAAUACAUGCAGCAGUCUCUCCAGAGGUUCCCCAGGACCCCGUCUCAGUACCUGCGUGCUAUCGAAGGCGAGGUCUGGAGGGCAAGUGACAUUGGCCCAGUGUUCACCCCACCAGUGAAGGAUGGACAGGAUCCCUUUGAAACUGGGAAUCUCCCUGAAGACCUGGGAUACCAUAUCCAGAUGAAGGAUGGGGUAGUUUACAUCUACGGAGACAAGGCAGCGGCUGAAAGAAAUGAGCCAAAGGACCUGCCCUACCUCAGCCUCGAGCACUUCCUUGAUGACAUGAACUUCCUCCUGGCCCUGAUUGCCAAGGGCCCUGUCAAGACCUACACUCACCGGCGCCUAAAGUUCCUCUCAUCCAAGUUCCAAGUGCAUGAAAUGCUAAAUGAGAUGGAAGAAAUGAAAGAGCUAAAGAACAACCCCCAUCGGGACUUCUACAACUGCCGGAAGGUGGACACACACAUCCACGCUGCAGCCUGCAUGAACCAGAAGCAUCUUCUGCGCUUCAUCAAGAAAUCAUACUGUGUGGAUGCUGACCGUGUCGUUUAUAAUGCCAACGGCAAACAACUCACCCUGAAACAGCUUUUCCAGCAGCUCAAUCUGCACCCCUAUGACCUGACAGUGGAUUCCCUGGAUGUCCAUGCUGGGCGCCAGACAUUUCAGCGCUUUGACAAGUUCAACGACAAGUAUAACCCUGUGGGUGCAAGUGAGCUGCGGGACCUCUACCUGAAGACAGAGAAUGCUAUCAACGGCGAGUACUUUGCUACCAUCAUCAAGGAGGUUGGCUCUGAUCUGGAGGAUGCCAAGUACCAGCACGCAGAGCCUCGCCUCUCAAUCUACGGGCGAUCGGCUGAGGAGUGGCCCAAGCUAGCCAGCUGGUUCAACAACCACCGGGUCUACUCCCCCAACAUGAAGUGGAUGAUCCAAGUACCCAGGAUUUACGAUGUGUUCAGGUCUAAGAAUUUCCUCCCACACUUUGAGAAGAUGCUGGAAAAUAUCUUUGUUCCCGUGUUUGAGGCAACUGUCAAUCCCCAGUCCCACAAGGAGCUGAGUGUCUUUCUACGUCACAUCACUGGCUUCGACAGUGUGGAUGAUGAAUCCAAGCAUAGUGGACACAUGUUCUGCACUAAAAGCCCAAAGCCAAAAGAGUGGACUUCUGAGAAGAACCCAUCCUACACCUAUUAUCUAUACUAUAUGUAUGCCAACAUCCUAGUGCUCAACAACCUACGCAGGCAGCGUGGCAUGAACACGUUCCUCUUCCGUCCACACUGUGGGGAAGCCGGGGCCCUCACACAUCUGCUUACAGCCUUCAUGACAGCAGAUAACAUCUCCCAUGGUCUCAACCUCAAGAAGAGCCCCGUCUUGCAGUACCUGUACUUCCUUGCCCAGAUUCCCAUCGCUAUGUCCCCUCUCAGCAACAACAGCCUCUUCCUGGAGUAUGCGAAGAACCCAUUGCUCGAUUUCCACCAGAAGGGCCUCAUGGUGUCCCUUUCCACAGAUGACCCCAUGCAGUUCCACUACACCAAGGAGGCCCUGAUGGAGGAGUACGCCAUCGCUGCCCAAGUCUUCAAGCUCAGCACCUGUGACAUGUGUGAAAUCGCCAGGAACAGCGUCCUGCAGUGCGGCCUGUCCCAUGAGGAGAAAGCCAAGUUCUUGGGGGAAAACUACCAGGAAGAGGGGCCUCAGGGCAACGACAUCCGGAAGACAAACGUGGCCCAGAUCCGCAUGGCCUACCGCUACGAGACCUGGUGCUACGAGCUCAACCUCAUUGCCGAGGGGCUGAAGGCCGAAUAGGACCGCGGGGGGA